AUGACACAAGCAGCCAAAUGCGGCCUCUCUCUCGCCGCCGCGCCCACAGCUAGAGCCGGGUCCCCCACAAUCACCGCUUCAGGAGUUCCGCUCGCCGCGCUUCCACGUGGAAGUUCCUCAGCCGUCCGUUCUGUCGCAGCCCUGUCGGUCGGCUCCAGUUUCAAAGAGUCGUGGUGUGGGAAGGCGCAUCUGGGAUGCAACGACAUGCGCGUCGUCUUUCAAGGUAGCAGAAGCCUCGCCAGCAAGAGCACACGGGCAGCGGGCAAGGGUCUGCUGGUGCAGGCGUCUUUUAUGGGCGUGGGCGCACCUGAGGCCCUCGUGAUCGGCGUCGUCGCACUGCUGGUGUUCGGACCCAAGGGUCUGGCCGAGAUGGCUCGCGGUGUCGGCAAAACGCUGAAGACGUUUCAGCCGACGAUCAGGGAGCUUCAGGAGGUGUCCCGGGAAUUCAGGGACACGCUCCAGUCGGAGAUCGGAAUCGACGACAUCAGGAACCCACCGCCUCCUCCCCCCACCCCCGUUGCUGCUCCUCCUGCUGUUCCUCCCACUCUUUCCGCCGCUGCUCUCGCCGCUGCUCCCGCCGCUGCACCCGCCGCCACCGCCACUUCUGCCGCUGCCCCGAAUGUCACAAUCAUCCCCAACGAGUUCUCAGCUGAUGACGUGGCGAAGGUGACAGAGCAACAGCUGGCGGCCGCUGCUGCGCUCAACGCAGUCACGGACGACAUGAAGAAAGGUGAGCGCCCGUGGGAGGAUGGUGAUGCGGCUUCAAGAAGCAUGAAGACGGAUGAGGGGCGUGCAUGGGUUCGUGAGGAAGCUCUUAGCCGAUGA